AUGGACGACAUCCCUGCCAACACGCGGCGGUACACGAAGCGCCAGGCGGGCGACCUCAUCGCCUCUUCUCUGGAUGCCGUCGUCCGCGACCCUCUCGGCGGUGCGAGGGCCAAGAAGCGCAAGACGAGCACCCCCACCCCGAGGACGUCGACCCCGGCACUCGAGGCCAUCCUCUCGCGCUCGAGCACGCACAAGCCGCCGGCGAGCAGUGCAACAGCACCGACCAACUACGACCCGUCGUCCCUCCCGGCCCUCCUCGCCCGCCUGUCGACCUACCGCCUCUCGACCUUCUCCCCCUCCAAGCCCUCGUCCCUCUCGUCCCUCAACUGCGCCCUGCAUGGCUGGAUCCACACACCAUCGUCCCGCGAGCGCAUCCAAUGCACCACCUGCGCCCAGGGCCUCGUCCUCCUCCCGCCCUCGAACGGCGAGAGCUGGUCGAGCCCGACCGGCGACCGCCUCCGUCUCGAGUACGAGCGCCUCGCGCUCGCGCCGACCGGCCACGGACACGCCGAGAACUGCCCAUGGCGCAUGCGGCCGUGCGUGCGCGGGCUGUACCGCCUCGCGGGCGGCGGGCUCGGCGUGCAGAGCGGCGGGAGGAGGCGGUUCCUCGAGACGGUCGGGCGGCAGGCGCGCGAGUUGAGCGAGCGAGGGCUCGAUGCCGUCACGCUCGAGCUGCCGAGGGAGGCGGCGGCACUUGUCGAGUCGGAGGAGGGCCGGGCGAGGCUCGUCAAGGCGGUGCAGGCGGUCCAGGCGGGCGCAGGAGCCGCACCCGCCGUCGGCGUGAGGACAGACGAGGCCGCCUCUCUCGACGCGACCGCCAUCCUCCUCGCCGUCUUUGGCUGGGCCCUCUCCACCACGCCCUCGCCCUCGACCCUCUCUCGCUCCGACUCGACCUCCUCCCUCUCAUCCCUCCGAUCCCUCUCGACCUCCUCGACCUCCUCCUCCUCGCCCAUCCUCGCCUGCUCCUUCUGCGUGCGACACAUCCUCGCCACCCCGUACCUCCCCUCACCUGCCGGCACCGCCACCACCACCACCAGCACCACGACGCCCUCCUCCACGCCGAGACCGUUCGACCCCGUCAAGCAGCACCAGCCCUUCUGCCCGUUCGUCGACGCCCACGCCGGGCACUCGCCGCCCGUCGCCGCGCCGCUGAGCGCAGGAGCAGGAGCUGGAUCGGGAGCUGGAGCCGGAGCUAAGGGCGCGAGCGUGCUCAAGCCGGGCUGGCAGACCAAGGAGCUCCUGUCGUACGUGCGGGGCUUGCUUGGGCCCAAGGGCACGCCCCGAGGCGGCGCGGCGAGCGUGCGCGUCGGUACGACGAGUGCUGGACGGUCGGCGUAGCGUCGUAAGGAGGUCGUGUCGGCGCCAAGCAGUGACGGUCCGGAAUCGACUCGCAGCACUUGACCUCG